AUGUCUGCAUCUGGACACGUGUUUUCCUGGGGUGCAGGAGAUGAUGGACAACUGGGAGCAUACCCGAGACCACAGCAUAACAGUUACAGACCAAGCCGGGUCCCUAUACCAUUGUCCAUACAAAUAAUUCAGGUAGCUUGUGGAAACUUCCAUUCCCUGGCGUUGACUAAUGGAGGAGAUGUCUUCUCAUGGGGUUCAAACACUCAUGGUCAGCUGGGUCUAGGCAAGGAGGUGUCAAAGCAACACAAGCCUGUCCUGGUGUGUGCCCUGUCUGGAGUAGCAGUGACCCAGAUAUCAGCUGGAGGGAGCCAUACUCUGUUCCUCACACUCUCCAGCCUGGUGUAUUGCUGUGGAGCCAAUAAGUCAGGCCAACUGGGGCUCAACAGGGUGGAUGAAAGAGGCAGGUUCAACAUCUGUAUGGUACCUGCUCUCAGACCUCUGGGUGUCUCCUGUAUAAGCUGUGGAGAGUCACACACUGCUGUGUUAACAAAGGAUGAGAAAGUUUUCACUUUUGGAGAUGGAAGCCUUGGUCAGCUCGGUCACAAGUCCUCCACCAAUGAAGUGAGACCCAGACUGGUUGGCGGUCUGGAUGGGUCUGCAUCCCAGAUUGCAUGUGGCAGACUUAAAAAUAUCAGCUGGAUGGAAUACAAACUUCAUUUACUCUUCACCUUCAUAGAACUGGGCUUGUGGACAGAUCACUGGGCGUCUUGAUGAACCCAAACUGCAAAAAUGGUUAAAAAUGAAGCACAGCAGCGUGGAGGCAAAAAG